GAAGUCUGCAGCAGUACAUUUGGCUGCCAGCUACUCUGUCGCUCGCACGUAUAUGACUCGAUCUCUCUCAGUCCGACCUCUCGGUGAAAGACGACGGUUCUCAACUGUUCAGAAAUGGCCACCCACGGACCCUCCUAUGGACUCAGUGCAGACAUUGCUAAGAAGCAAGCUGCGAAGUACGACCAUGACCUUGAGCGUCAGGUUCGGCUGUGGAUAGGGGAGAUUCUGGGUGAACCCUUCCCUGAUGCCGGCUUCCAGGAGGCCAUGAAAGAUGGCACCCUACUCUGCAACCUGAUCAACAAGCUGGAGCCAGGUUCCGUUAAGAAGAUCAAGACCAGUAAAGUGCCUUUCAUGCAGAUGGAGAACAUCAGUCAGUUUCUGCAGGCAGCAGAGCGUUACGGUCUGAAGCGGACAGACCUGUUCCAGACGGUGGACUUGUACGAAGGGAAGGGCAUGAACGCCGUACUGGACUGUCUUAUCGCCCUGGCCAGUCAGGCCAAAACCAAAGGAGUGGUGACCCAGAGCAACCCCGGCGUAAAAGUAGCCGCCAAGAACGAGAGAAACUUUAGCGAGGAGGUUCUGAACCAGUCCAAGAUGGAGAUCAGUUUACAGUACGGCUCCAACAAGGGCGCGACGCAAUCCGGCAUGACAGCUCCGGGCACCUACCGACAUCUGUGACACCCGUGUGGAAAUAGUCUCAUACCCUGUUCAUAGAAACGCCCGUGAGAGACCCGUUGUCAACUCCUAGUACGCUGUAACAUGGCAGAACGUUUUUAGGUUGAUUUUUACAAUGUUAAGUUGUCAAAAUUUGUCAUAUCAGCAGACAUUCCUUUUUAGAUUUAAACUGAUAUUACGGUGUAACAUGGCAGAACGUUUUAGGUUGAUUUUUACAAUGUUAAGUUGUCAAAAUUUGUCAUAUCAGCAGACAUUCCUUUUUAGAUUUAAACUGAAGAUUAGUAGAGAGAAAUGUUUCAUUGCUGUGAGAGACAGGUUGUGAAUUGUUCAAUGGCAGAUUAACCAUAGAUAAAUUGAUAAAGAAAUAUUGUAUAGUUAUGUAGCUCUUGAUGUAUCCUUCUACAACCGUUAGUGGUCUUGUCCUCAACAAAUUUUAAUAUCAAAAUGUCGUUAUUUUCUAAUCAGAAACACUGCUGUUGAUUUUCAAUGAUUGAUUGUGUCAUCCUAAAAACAAUCAUCUUUUAUAACAUACUGCAAACAUUCCUGAUGAAUUGAUAAUUGACUUUCCUUAGUUUACAUAUUUCUUGAUUCCAGAAUGUGACGUGGCAAUGCUUUUCUUUACAUUUCCAUGGUAUAUAAUCUCAAUAUCCCAUAUCCAGGUAACACUAUGGACUUUUCCAUUGUUGCAGGUGUUAAGUUAAGGGUAUUGGAAGAAUGCAAUUGUACCUCGAAUAUGAAGUUACUGCAAUGUUUGGACAAUUUCCUAGCUACCAGUAGUUAGAGGGGGAAAAUAUCUAUAAUCUAUCAAUGAUUAUUUGGCCUUUGGUGUCAUACUGUGCCUGUUAACAAUACCAUAUCACAUUUUGGAUUGGCUGAUUUCUAACCAUAUCAUGGGGAUGACCAAAAUGGUGCGAUAUGAUUGGCUCAUUCCAAACCAUAUCAUGGUGAUGAGGAAAUGGUGCGACGUGAUUGGCUGGUUCCAAACCAUAUCUUGGUGAUGACCAGAUGGUGCCACGUGAUUGGCUGGUUCAAAAUCAUACAAUGGUGAUAAAAUGUGUUUGAUUGGCCCAUUCCAAACCAUGAUAUAUAUAUACUUUGGUAUGAUGGUAUUGUAUGAUUGGCCUGUUUUUAAUUGUAUCACUAUGAUAGUCAGUUGGUGCCUUUCACAAUUAUAAAGAUGCAAUGCUUCAUUUUGAGUUACACUUUGUUUACAGAACUAAUACUGUACAAAGGAGGCCUGACAUCUACAUGUGCUGCCACCCCUUUAAAACCAAGUUGAAACUUAAACUAAUUCUCUAAAUUCCUUGAGAAUUAUAGAAUGUUUGUAUGUGGCCUUGUCAUGUGUGGUAUACAUUACAGGAUCAAGUAGGAUAGGUUUCAAAAGUUUUCACUUUGUGGUCUAAGGGAUUGUUAUCAUUACGUUAAAAAUGCCAUACAGAAUUCAAGUAUAUCUAUUCUAUAAUGUUUAAGGAUUGAAAGAUUUUCUGAUGUAAGAAAAAAAAGAGCAUUCCAUUUUUUUUAAGCAAUUACUCCUGCUAGUAUGUUACUACAACUGGUAGUAUUUAUACACAUUCCAAAGUAUGUACUAGACUAAGUAUAUAUAACAAAGAUGUCUGAUGCGCUUGUUUUUUUAACAAGAAAAUAUGUUUUAAGGCUCUUCCAGCUAUGGUAAUUCCAACCAUGUGAUACUUUAUUCCUGUGAUACUUGUUUUUAUGUUGACAAUACAUUAUAAUUAACAAUAUAUUGUUUUCAUGGAUGAUAAUGAUUCUUUCUGUCUUCUCAGCUGUAUGUCGUACAUUCCAUAGUUAUGAAUCAUAAAUAGUAAAUAAAUGUAGCAGAAUCUGA